UGACGUGUCAAGUAACCUCGAGCUACGUCACAACACAGCGCUUCAAACAUGGCAGACAAGAGUAGUCAAGGGGACCUCAAACCUGAAGCCCAGUUUGCAAAGAGAAUAUACCCUGCAAAGGAUCAGCUGACGAGGGAACAGAUGCAGUUCAUCCGACAAGUGGAGCUGGAGCAAUGGAAGAAGAAAGCAGGCCGGCUCCGGGGCCGAAACGUUGCGACAGCACUCGGCAUCGGCGCGGUAGUGCUCGGCAUCUAUGGAUACACCUUCUACUCAGUAUCCCAAGAAAGAAUAAUGGAUGAAAUCGACGAAGAAGCAAAAGCACGAGCUCCAAAGACCGGCGCGAACUGAGUGAAGCGACUCUCCCUUCAUGAACUGUCUGUGUUGAACACAGAUGCGCGCGCCGCCAGAGGGCGCCACAUCCAAUCAAAUCACUGUAUUCUGUUGGACACGAGACUCGACGAGGAGGAAGAAUCCUUCGUUUGUCAAGACAGUUGUUCAUCAUUUCUAUUCGUGUUCGUGGAAUAUUAUUUAUGCUUUAUGAAUACUACAGUAAUUCUACUGGUCAUCUUGCUUUGAGUGUAAAUACAUUCAGAAUCAGUGAGUUUCAUUGAAAUAACAGCCACCCUUUGAUUUGCCUUUUUUUAAAAAAAAUAAAUAAAUAAACAUGUCCUAAAUAAUA